UGUGAUGACUGAGUUCUGCAUCUACUCCAUAGUGACAUGGUCUUUCUUGUUCUUUUCUUCUCUUACCCAUUACUUUUUUCUUUUUAUUUUCUAAACAUUCAUUCUUUUAUUGAUAUAGCUCCUUCCAUUAUUUCUUUUUCAUUCUCACAGCCUUGCUCCGCACACACUUACUUGCGGACACUCUUUUCUUCUUCUCUUGACGACACAUCGCUCUAUCAACUGCAACUUGAUUCCUUGCCUCAUUCAUACCUCCUACUCCCUCGUCCCAAGAGCGUCUUAUAACCAUGGUUGGACUCACUUCUGCUGGUACGGAUCCCCAUGCGCCUUAUUCUAUUCGCUCUUAUAUAUCUUGUGUAUUGCAAAGUUGCUCAUUGCCAUAAUCUAUUGACA